CGAACUCUUGCCCCAGACCUGUUGGGCGGGGCUUCGCGCUCCUGCCCUCUGCCCGGAUGGGUGUCCUGGCUGGGACUCGGGCCACCUGGAGUUAAUGUCCACCUGGGGGUCUGCGGAGACCGGAUCCGAGGUGCAGCUGCCGGACGGGACUCUAAGAUGAAGUUAUGGGAUGUCGUGGCUGUCUGCCUGGUGCUGCUCCACACCGCGUCCGCCUUCCCGCUGCCCGCCGGUAAGAGGCCUCCCGAGGCGCCCGCCGAAGACCGCUCCCUCGGCCGCCGCCGCGCGCCCUUCGCGCUGAGCAGUGACUCCAAUAUGCCAGAGGACUAUCCUGAUCAGUUUGAUGAUGUCAUGGAUUUUAUUCAAGCCACCAUUAAAAGACUGAAAAGGUCACCAGAUAAACAAAUGGCAGUGCUUCCUAGACGAGAGCGGAAUCGACAGGCUGCAGCCGCCAACCCCGAGAAUUCCAGAGGCAAAGGUCGGAGAGGCCAGAGGGGCAAAAAUCGGGGUUGUGUCUUAACCGCCAUACAUUUAAAUGUCACUGACUUGGGUCUGGGCUAUGAAACCAAGGAGGAACUGAUUUUUCGGUACUGCAGUGGUUCGUGCGAUGCAGCUGAGACAAUGUAUGACAAAAUACUCAAAAACUUAUCCAGAAAUAGAAGGCUCGCGAGUGACAAGGUAGGGCAGGCGUGUUGCAGACCCAUCGCCUUCGAUGACGACCUGUCAUUUUUAGAUGAUAACCUGGUUUACCAUAUUCUAAGAAAGCAUUCCGCUAAAAGGUGUGGAUGUAUCUGACUCCGGCUCCAGAGACUGCUGUGUAUUGCAUUCCUGCUACAGUGCAAAGAAAGGGACCAAGGUUCCCAGGAAAUGUUUGCCCAGAGCGGAAGAUGAGGACCAAGGAAAAGGAGGCGGAGGUGGAAGUGGAGAAGGAGGAGGAGGAGGAAGGCAGCCAUCCAUCGUGGGAGCCUGGUAGAGAGAGGUCCAGCUACAGAAAACUGGAUAGGAGAGAGAAGACAGCCAUCUGGGUUCUCCAGAUGUUCAGGGCUGGUGUCCCUGGUUGGCUGUUGUCAUCGCGUCAUCUGAUACAGUCCACCAUCACCCAUCAUGGUGGCAGUUGCGGAUGCACUCGAAGAACCAAACCAGUGUAUCUCCUGUGGUUUGUUUUCACAUGUCUGAAGACACCAGGGAAAUGAUAAUCCUGGUGUCACUCCUUGUCAUUACGUUUUACUGCUGAAAGUAAGAAAGGUUUAUUUUUCUGUCACUCAAUGGAGUCAUACCCUGGAGAGUGGGGAGGAAAAAAAAAAAAAGCAGAGACACAAAAGAUCAUAAUCUUUGAAUUGGAAAGCUGAGGCCUGAGGUUUACUCCAACCAGCCUUUGGGGGAACAGCUGGUGAUUGAUUCUGAACAUGGUGUGCAGGGUGGGAAGAAGUUGGCUAGGAACCAAAAACGCUGUCCUCGAGAUUAAAAACCAACCUGAAGGUAUUUCCUUUAUGUCCUUGGAAACAGGAAGCAAGUUGUGGUUUUCGGCAGCAUUCUUGUAGGAGAGCAAGCGGGCAAGGCCCCCAGCUGCCCCAGGACAGGUAGACACCCCCACCCCC